AUGACUGAAAAGAUCGUUUCUGUUGAGGAAGUGAUGCAGCACAACACUCGCGAGGACUUAUGGAUUGCCAUCAAGGAUGAGGUCUUCGACAUUACCAAGUUCAUUGAGGCCCAUCCUGGUGGUGAAGAAGUCUUGGUAGAUCUUGCUGGUCACGAUGCAAGCGGUCCCUUUGAUGAUGUUGGUCACUCAGAAGACGCUCGAGAGAUGCUUAAAAAGUUUUUUGUUGGCAAAUUGGUUAAGACGGAAGGUGGUCCUGAAUUGCCUACAAAUUCUUACUCUGACGACAAGUGCUACGACUCUUCUCAGGCUAUCCAUCCUGCAAUGUGGGUCUUCGUUGUCGCUAUGAUUGUUGCUUACGUUGCUUUCCGUAUGUAUUUCAUUAAAUAA